AAAAUAAAAAAAUAAAAUAAGAAGAGUAACGGACAGAAAGCCAGAAAGAAGGAAGAAAAGAAAACUGAACUCUGAUAAGUGAAACCUAACUUUCCUCUUUCCUCUCUCUUCGAAGUUCGAAAAUCCUCUGCCAGUCCGCCGCUCUCGCUCGUCGGCUCCACUCCCGGCACUCCGUCCCUCCGUCCGUCGAGUCGCCGGCGUCGCUGCUUCGUGAUUCACUGCUUCGUCCGUUCGUCGGCUCGUCGCUGGACUCGCUGCUCUCCAUUCGACUUCGCUCACUUCGCUAGACCCAAUUCACGAAGUUUUACAGCGGUAAGUAAUGGAGAACAGUGGGAACGGUGACAUUCCAGAAGAUGCAAAUGAACACUGCCCGGGUACACAAUCUGAAGCAGCUGGAAAGUCGGAUGCAUGCCAAGGCUGCCCAAAUCAACAAAUUUGUGCCACUGCACCCAAAGGCCCUGAUCCAGACUUGCUUCCAAUAGCAGAGAGAAUGGCAACAGUGAAGCACAAAAUACUGGUUUUGUCGGGCAAGGGAGGGGUUGGCAAGAGCACAUUUUCUGCUCAGCUCUCAUUUGCCUUAGCCGCCAUGGAUUACCAGGUCGGUUUACUUGACAUAGACAUCUGUGGACCGAGUAUACCAAAAAUGCUUGGCCUAGAAGGGCAAGACAUCCAUCAGAGCAAUCUUGGAUGGUCUCCUUGUUACGUUGAGUCCAACCUUGGUGUUAUGUCAAUUGGUUUCAUGCUUCCUAACCCAGAUGAAGCUGUCAUCUGGAGGGGCCCUCGCAAGAAUGGUCUUAUCAAGCAGUUUCUCAAGGAUGUGUAUUGGGGAGAGCUUGAUUAUCUUGUGGUUGAUGCUCCACCGGGCACUUCUGAUGAACACAUUUCAAUUGUUCAAUGCCUUCUGGAGACUGGCAUAGAUGGUGCCAUUAUUGUCACAACUCCACAGCAAGUAUCUUUGAUUGAUGUACGGAAAGAAGUAAGCUUCUGCAAAAAAGUUGGAAUUAAUGUCCUUGGGGUGGUAGAGAACAUGAGUGGCUUAUGCCAACCAUUGAGAGAUAUCAAAUUCUUGAAGCCGUCAGGUACUAGUGAACAGAGUGAUGUCACCGAAUGGGCUUUGCAAUACAUGAAAGAGAGAGCACCAGAGUUGCUGAAUUUAAUGGCAUAUAGCGAAGUUUUUGACAGUAGUGGUGGUGGUGCCAUGAAGAUGUGUCAAGAAAUGGGGGUCCCUUUUCUAGGUAAAGUGCCAUUGGAUCCCCAACUAUGCAAGGCAGCUGAAGAAGGCAAAUCCUGUUUUGAAGAUCAGAAAUGCACUGCGAGUGCUCCUGCACUAAAGAGCAUCAUAGAAAAACUUAUCCCGAAAAGAGCAGCAGAGAAUGGUGUAUAGAGUAUAUCUUUUGUCUGUUUUGUUAAGUUAAGGAUAGUCUUUUUGUUGAAUGUGAGCAUAUCCAUAUGAAUGCCCGACCCUUUCUUUGCUUUGUGUAAUUGGUUUGACUAUAUAUGUUUUUACCCUACUUGUAUCAAUUUUUGCUAAUUAAACAAAAUCCGGCACAUUACCUGCUUUGACUAUA